AUUACUUGCUAAAAUAUAAUAUUAUUAUAUUUAAUUUAUUUAUCAUACCACCAUUUAUAUUUUUAUUUAAUUAAUCUUUUAGUAUAAAUUAUUGAUUUAUCAAAGCUACAAUGAAGAGAGGUCGUGGUGGUUCUGGUGGAAAUAAACUUAGAGUUACUUUGGGUUUGCCUGUUGGAGCCUUAAUUAACUGUUGUGAUAACAGUGGAGGUAAAAAUUUAUAUCUUAUCGCUGUUAAGGGGACUGGAGCCUGUCUCAACAGACUUCCAUCCGCUUCAGUUGGUGAUAUGGUACUAGCAACUGUAAAGAAGGGUAGGCCUGACCUUAGAAAGAAGGUUUUGCCGGCAGUUAUUGUCCGUCAGAGAAAGGCUUGGAGACGUAGGGAAGGUUACUUCAUUUACUUUGAGGAUAAUGCUGGUGUCAUUGUCAACCCUAAGGGUGAGAUGAAAGGCUCUGCUAUUAACGGCCCCGUAGCUAAAGAAUGCGCUGAACUCUGGCCUAAAAUCUCAGCUGCCGCACCUUCAAUCGUUUAAUAUUAUUCUCAAAAA